AUGUUGCCUAUUCUUUUGAGUUGUGUUUCAUCAACCUUAGUCCUUCCUUUGGAUGAUACAUAUCAAAAUGGUUAUGCCAAUCCAAAUAUUGAAUAUUUAGUUCAAGGCGACAAAAAAGCUGCAAUUCUAGUUAUAUUGCCAACAACUCUCACAAAAGAUCUCAAAAUAAAGUCACGUGAAUAUGAUGCUACAGAAUUCACAGAUCUUAAAUCUACAAUAGAUAAGAGAGGUGAAGCAAAGGAUCCAAAAUAUUCAACUGUUACUAUUAAGCCAGAUACAGAUAAACCAUUCUAUUUACAAAUCACAGUUAAUUCAAAGGAACAAGUACCAUAUGUCAUCAGAUACGCCCAUACACAGCCAGUUUAUAGAAUAUCUGCCGUUCUCGGAACAUUUGCAUUGUUUAUUUGCUUAUUCCUUUUCAUCUUCGGAUGGACAAUCUUCUGCGGUGCUUGCCGUGCUACACGCAAGCGUUAA